AUGGUUGUUUGUAGAUAUUGGUUGCAAGGUUGUUGUCGAUAUGGCAAUUCUUGUUGGUAUGAUCAUUUCAAAACAACAGAACAUUCAUCAUCCCAUCAAGUUAACUUGGAACUAAUUAAAUCAUGGGAAAAGGAAUUAAAAGAGCAAGAAUCAAGUUUAGAGAGCAUAUUACUUGAUGCAGACGAACACUAUUAUGAAAAUAGUGAAUAUGAGGAUUGGGAUGAUGAUGAUGCUCAAAAAAUUAGAAAUGCAUUAUUACAUGGAAAGGAAUUGUAUAUUUAUGAAGAUGACGAUUCCGAUUAUUAUGAGGAUGAGGAUGAUGAAGAUGAAGAAGAGGAUUCCGAUGAUGAAGAUGAUGAUAUUUGGAAAAGAAAGGUCGUAUAA